UGUUCGUGCGAAUUGAAGGAUCGAUACAAACGUUUGCAUUGGACACACCUGUUCCACCGGUUUGAAAGUGGUAGGAACCUGUUACACUGCUUUGUUGCUACUCGAGCUUAGACGUUUCGGACACGCUAUCGCAGGACGUGUUAACAUGACUUAAGUCGGGGGAAAACGGAGGGUUUGUAUUUUUUUCAACGCCUUCGUUCUUUCAGGUUUACAUUUUCAAAAGCGGUCGACGUGUGGCACUGUCACUAAAGCUCGCGUUAGCUUGUUAGCACAAGGGAAGAUAGAGCUAGCAUGCUAGCAUGCUAGCAUAAGGCGGCACAGGUAUGCUAAUAUGCUACGUGUACACACUGGCCUCGAGAUGAGCGGAAAACCAGAUUUUUAAUCUGUUGCAUAGCCGGGUUUAUGGCUAAAUCAAAUGUGACUAAAGUACGACCUUGGAGCACCUUGACGAUACGAUUGUUCAAAUGUGAAAGAAAGCAAUGCACAUUCAUUGGUGGAUGAAUGUCUUUUCAAACGAUGAUGUUCUCGUCGAGAAGGAAGCCUGUACUCUACUUUAAGGAGGAGCGAAGGUUUCUACCAAGGAGAUGUUCGGUAUGGAAGCUCUUUGGACUUUGUCUCCUGCUGCUGCUCGUCUCAUUGCUCUGGCUGCAGCUCAGCUGUUCCGGAGACAUGGCCACCCCCUCGCACCAGGGUGCAAGCCUCCCUCAGCAGCCGUGCCAGCCUGAGAGUCAGGCGGCGGCUACCGGCAGGGAUGAGACGUCGUGGGGCCCUCACACGCUGACUGUUGUGGUCCCCUUCAGGGAGCGCUUUGAGGAGCUGCUGAUCUUCGUCCCGUUCAUGCACACCUUCCUCAACAAGAAGAAGAUCCGCCACAAGAUCCUCAUUGUCAACCAGGUGGACCACUACAGGUUCAACCGAGCAUCUCUCAUCAACGUGGGUUACUUGGAGAGCGGAAAUGACACAGACUACCUGGCCAUGCACGACGUGGACCUCCUGCCUCUCAAUGAGGCGCUCGACUAUUCUUUCCCCGCCGACGGACCUUUCCACGUGGCGUCGCCCGAGCUCCACCCCAUCUAUCAUUACAAGACCUAUGUGGGCGGAAUCCUGCUGCUCACUAAGGCACACUACCACAUGUGUGUUAUGUAUGUGCAGUGUAAUGGCAUGUCCAACCGCUUCUGGGGGUGGGGCCGCGAGGACGACGAGUUCUACAGACGACUAAGGAAAGCACAAUUACAGUUGUUCCGGCCCAGCGGGAUCACAACGGGAUACAAGACCUUCAUGCACGUGCACGACCCCGCCUGGCGCAAAAGGGACCAGAAGCGUGUAGCGAGCCAGAAGCAGGAGCAGUUCAAGGUGGACCCAGAGGGUGGGCUCAGUAACCUGCGCUACCAAGUGGAAUCACGGCAGCAGCUGACCAUCGGGGGCGCUCCGUGCACGGUCAUCAACACCAAACUGGAGUGCGACCAGGAGGAGACGCCUUGGUGCCUCCUCGCCUAGACCACAAUCAAGCCGGUUUUCACCAGGAAACUACCACAUUUUGCCCUUCUCGCCUGACACCCUCAUGUUGCAAUAGUUCCUGUAUUUUAACUUAAAUCCUCACCGGUUCCCUCAGCAACAUUACGAUAUUACAUCCGGAUGUCGGGCCUUCAAAAUAAAAGCACAGUAAAAUAACACGGUUGUACCAUAAUAGGCAAUCGGGUCCUAACGCCAGUAAAGACCCUCAUUCUUCUGGAACAUUUCCUUAAUUUUAUGAUACUGCUGCUGACAGAUGCCAGAUGCUUUUAUUGUGAAAGGUUGAAAGAAGGAAGCCGUUAGUUUCAGCAGCAGCUGGUGCUGUGACUGAAGCAGACUGGACCUGCCAGCAUGUUGCUUUGUUUUUUGCAUCGCAGUCCUGCUGGUACUCUUAUUUAAACUUUUAAAACUUAUUUUUUACAAACGGUAAUACUGUAUGUAGUGAUGUUUGAAGUGUUGACAGGAAGUGGCAGCAUAGCAUUUUCCUAUUGACAUCUCAGUGAUUGGUACGACGAAUGUUGACUUAAGGAAGUAAAGUGCAUUCAAAUGUUUCACUGGACCGUAUAGAUGGAUGUGAAAUGACACGGUUGGACAAUAUCAACCUCAGACAGCUGCCUGUGAACACCAUUUGUCAGCAAUAAUAAACUAUACAAUUAGAAUAAAUG